AUGGAUGCCGCCCCCACGGCCCCUACGGCCGACGCGCCGAUGCACGACCGGCCUCCGUCGGACGGCUCUCCGGCCUCUCCGGCCGCUGCCGCCCGCGCUGCUGCCGAUCCGGUCCCCUUCACGCUCAGCGAUAUCCGCACAAGCAACGACAACUUCGAGGUCGCCGGCUUUGGCCAGGAUGAGGUGCGAGCCAUGAUGCUCGACUCAGCGUGCACCAAGUCGCUCACAUUCCCCGCGGAGGACGAUAGCUCCCUCGACGACAUCCCUUCAUCGACGGACGCCUUCACCGCCGCCGGCCCUGGGCCAUCCAUCGCGGCCUCCGACUGGCUGCCGCAGCUCACACCCUAA